UCAGUUGAUGAUAUGUAUGUGAAUUUGAGAAAGAAAAGACUAACAAUACUGGUGCUUCCCAUAACGUGACUUCCAACUAUCGUAAACCUCAUCGUUCAUCUGGCAACCUUCUGCUGUCGCCUCAAACUGGUUCCAUUGUACGCCUAACUGGAACAACUACCGACUAUCUUGCAUCACUGUCGUGGACUGACUGACUACGAAAUAACAACACGUCCGCCCGUUUGUUUAAUCUUUCCUGUGACGUCAUCACCGGGGCAUCAUGGGUAAUACGGAAAGUAGUGUGACGUCAGGAGUCAAGGCUCAGGCCAAUGCUGUCGUCGAGAUCUACAGCCUCGUCGAUCUAAAUGGAGGGGGAGAACUGGUGGACCUCAUGAAGAAGGCGACGAAGACGAAGGAGUACAGCGAGCUGGACGAGACCAUCAAGUCCAAGAUGCCCAAGUACAUGUACAACGGAGGGGAGGGGAAAUGCCUCCCUAUCCAUCACUUGGUCCUUCGGAGGAAUAAGGAGCGGCCUCCGAGUAAGGCGAUAACCCCACCGAAGAACCUGCCUGACGAAGAAUCGGUGGCCGGGAAGUAUAUCCCGACGAAGAUGUCACCUGAUCGAGCUGCCGACCACCAGACGUACAGGUAUGUCUGCUGUGACCUGGUACACCUGGGCGCCGUAGGAGAGACGGUUCUACACCUGUGCGUGCUGAACGCCACUUCGGUACACAAUGACUUGGCUAAACGACUCAUCAAACACUUCCCCAAUAUCAUCAACGACAUCUAUCUCUGUGAUGAAUAUUACGGGGAGAACGUCCUGCACAUCUCCAUCGUGAACGAGGACCCAGCCAUGGUAAAAUUCCUGCUGGACCAGGGCGCCAAUUACCACGAGCGCUGCUUGGGAAACUUCAUGUGCGCCGAAGACCAGAAGGCUUCUAGGCAGGACUCCCUGGAUCACGAGUGGGUGGACCUCUGCCUCGCUACCAAUUACGACGGAUAUGUUUACUGGGGAGAGUAUCCACUCAGUUUUGCAGCCUGCCUUGGCCAGGAAGAAUGCUACCGGCUGAUAUUAGCAAAGGGAGCCAAUCCAGAUAUGCAAGACACAAACGGGAAUACCGUCACUCACAUGAUGGUCAUUUACGACAAGAUGGACAUGUUCGACAUGUGCUUUGAGGCCGGAGCCAGCAUCAGCAUUAGGAACCGCCAGGGACUUAUACCCAUGACGUUGGCGGCCAUCUUGGCUCACAGGGACAUCUUCUUCCACAUCCUGAACAUCGAGAGAGAGAUAUACUGGCAGAUCGGUAACAUCACCUGCGCUGCGUACCCUCUAGAAGACCUCGACACCAUCAACACCGAAAACGGCGAAACGCAGACGAAGUCCGCUCUCAAUCUCAUUGCUUAUGGGAACAAAGAGGCUCAUCUGGAUCUCAUGGAAGGGCCAAUUGUCGAUCUUCUGAAGACCAAAUGGGAAGCUUUCGUCAAAAACAGGUUCAACCACCUGUUCCUCGUGUUCCUGGUCUACUUCCUCAUAUCGAUGGGAGCCUACGUCAAUCGUCCGGUUCCCUGCACGAGCAUCAAACCCACGUCUUCGGGUAUGAAAUCCGACGUGACCUUCCCUUCCUUGGGCAUCACCUGCGUUAACGUCACGGUCACCAUCGUGCCCAAUGCCACUCUCGAGGAUGCGUCUGUAACGACGGACCCAUCGCAUGCCCUGCGGAACCACAGCCUAGGCAUCGACGUGCCCCUGGGCAUAGCUUCCUCGUCCUCCUCGCCCAUGUUCUCAUUCCCGAACGUGACCAUCGGGCCCGUCGAAGGCGGCGGGUCAGGGCUGGCCAUCGAGUACCACCCACUCCUCGGGGUUGACCUCGUGACCUCUGUUCCCGAGGACGCGGUCACUGUGCAGUAUAUCGUCGAGGGUGAAGAGGUGUCCGUAACAAUCGGCAGCUCACUGAACGACUUUUUGACCUCCACCGUGACCCUCGACCCCCUGUCGGGGGACGGUGCCCCCCUCCCCCCGCUCUCCUUGACGUGUUUCAACAAAACCCAUGAUCUGAGGAUGACGGGGCAGAACACCACGUUCUUCAUUACCAGCGUGAAGCUCAAGGACCAGUCCCUCUCGACAACAACUGCUGCCCCGACCGUAGCACCGAUCGACAAGAAUUCGACAGACAACGAAACCAGGGUGGACCCUUGUCUCUGUCACCUGUGGCGCGCGCCAGAGCCGAAGAAAGGGGAGAUGGAAUUGGCUGGAAUGAAGGAAUCGGAGAUCUACUUCUACGUCAGGAUCGUCUGCGAGUGUCUGACGGUGAUCGGGUCCCUGGCUUAUCUCAUAGGGGCAGCCAACGAGUGCAGGUUCCAGGGGGGAAGGAUGUUCGUCCAGAAUCUGAGUACGGUGCCUUCACGAGUGCUCUUCCUAGGGGCGUGCAUCAUGGCCAUGGUCAUGGUGGGACUGAGAGCUUUCUGCAUGUCGGAAGGGGAGGACCUGGUGGCGGUCAUGGUCAUGCUCUGUACGGGGCCCUACUUCCUGUUCUUCUGCAGAGGCUUCAAGACGGUGGGUCCCAUGGUCACUAUGAUUUACACCAUGUUAGUCGGCGACUUGCUGAGGUUCGUCACGAUCUACUUCGUGUUCAUCAUGGGAUUUUCUCAAGCCUAUUACGUCAUCUUCAGCUCCUUCCAGAAGGGCACGACCACAUGCUCCUCGAAUCCGAUGCCCACGGCAGCGGAGUCCGUCAUGCAGAUGUUCAUCAUGUCCUUGGGAAACUUCGGAGACAUUUAUUCCGCCCUCGAGUGCACCGACCAUGAGGUCACUGGGAAGGUCCUGUUCAUGAUAUUCAUGGCGAUCGUAGCCCUGUUGCUCAUCAACUUGCUGAUUGCUAUGAUGGGCAACACCUACGAGCGGAUUGCCGAAAUGAAGAACGAGUGGAUGAGACAGUGGGCACGUAUCGUCCUGGUUGUGGAAGGCCUGAGUCCCGAGGAGAGACUGAAGCAUUUGCGAAAAUACUCCCAGCCGAUGUCCGACGGGAGACAAGCGCUGGUUCUCCGCCUGAAUCAGACGGACGAGGAGAAGGAGGAGAUGAGAGACAUCAUGGACAUGAAGAGAGUUCACCAGAAGUACGUCCUGCGCAGGAAGAACCGCAAGAAUCCUUUCGAUGACUUUGACGAACCAGCUCCUCCUGCUCCUCCCCCAGCGGCCAAGAAGGCUUAAAAAGGGCGGAAAUCAACUUGCCAAAGGGCAGCCUUCGUACCUGGAUCGACAUUCCAAUCAAAUUUAGUCUUUGCUCUUCAAGUUACGACUUAUGUAACUACUGCGAGGUUGGCAUAUGGUACUAUUCCGGCGCACAUUCAGAAUCUAUGCGUCUCAAGUUAUUUUGCUAAGGUUCCCCCUCCCCCACACCCUACCUACCCUACUUCCCAAAUAAUAGUUAACAGUAAACGAUGGCAUAUGCUAUAUUCUGUGCAUAUUAUGUGAAGACAUAUUCAAUGUGUCUAGUUAUGAUGAAUUAUAAAUUUUGCUUUUUUCUAACCCGCCUAAGUAAUGAACAACAACUAAAAUGCAUAAAAAUGUUUCAUGGCAAAGAAAUAUUAAUUGAUCACAUGAAUAGACCUUGAAAAAGCUACUAAAAUGCGCUGCUAUUAAUUAUAUCUCCUAAAAUUAAGCAAACCUCUAGUAAAGCCUCUAAUAUAUCUUCCAUGACACGUCCUUUGAAGGGCAACAGUUUAAAAAACUCCAAAGUGAAUCCAAGUUGCAUGGUUUAAUAUUGCUGUAGUGUAGUAGAAGAUGAAACUUAACUACGAGUAGUGAAUAAUUGCUUUGAAUGCAUCAAUAAUCCUUCACACAGCAACUGCCAAGAGGCAACUGUACGUUUCUCACAGCCAGUCGUGAUUUAAAAAGUAGCUAUCUCUCAGUUACUUCUUUAGCAAUGAUCGCUCACUUUAGCGAGUGCUGCAUACUUAGUGACCGCUCACCUUAGCGUAGAUACCUCAAAUUUCUUCCUGCCAUUCGCGUACAAAAUAGCAAAGAUUUGAUGGCGCUAUCAUUUGUGUCCUCUUACUGACAUGUAGAUUUUCCGCUUGUUUAGGGGUUUCGUUCAUGACGAAAUCGCAUAUCGCUAAGAACUGUUAGCUAUUUGUUUUCAUAGCUAGGACAUCAGGACGAUUUGAAUCACUUGGAAAAAUGUCUGCACCCAGAUGCAUGCCCAAGUGUGUACGUGGGAGCACGUACACUUAUGUGUAUAUACACAUAUCAAUCAAUGAGUUGCAGUUCACCUAUAAUAGCAUGAAGAAGUAAGCAGCUUUAGAGAUCUUAAUGAUUCAUUAUUACUGGAACUAUGUCAGUGACUGUUGCGGCUUGUAUUAAAAGAAGGAAGAAACAAUGGGUGUUCCACAUGAAUAUAAAUAACUUGUUAUUUCCCAUCACAAAGAAGCUGAACCGUAAUUACGGAUACUUAAAAUGUCAGAGAAAUAAUUGCAAAUAUGAACAAAUUUGUUAUGGAAAUCCUCUUCAG